AUGGUUGCGGGAUGGGACGUCAGUCUGGAAGAGAGCAUGCGAGGAAUGCUGCCGAAGAUGGCAAGGUCCAUUGCGGGAAAGAAGCUUCCGCCAGUCCCAGCUGGCCUGGCCGGAGUGAGGGAUGAGAAGGGGAAGCCACCGACAUCCAUUAUGCUUUUCUACCAGUACGUGGAGCCAGCGUGGACUGCCAAACAGCACCGGCGAGCCCUUUCCUUUGUGCACGACCUCGGCCGCAAGCACGGCCACAUUCCCAGCACUUCGUGGGAUUUACUUCCUCCGUCGUUGACUUGA